AUGGCCUCAGGGGUGGCUGUCUCAGAUAGGGUGAUUAAGGUGUUCAACAAUAUGAAGGUUCGCAAAUCCUCUAUGCCAGAGGAAGUGAAGAAGCGCAAGAAGGCUAUGUUGUUCUGCCUGAGUGAAGACAAGAAGAACAUCAUGCUGGAGGAGGGCAAAGAGAUCCUUGUGGGGGAUGUGGGCCAGACUGUGGAUGACCCCUAUGCCACCUUUGUCAAGAUGCUACCUGACAAGGACUGCCGCUACGCCCUCUACGAUGCUACCUACAAGACCAAGGAGAGCAAGAAGGAAGACCUGGUGUUCAUCUUCUGGGCCCCUGAAUGUGCCCCUCUCAAGAGCAAAAUGAUCUAUGCCAGCUCCAAGGACACCAUCAAGAAGAAGCUGACAGGUAUCAAGCAUGAAUUACAAGCCAAUUGCUAUGAGGAGGUGAAGGACCGCUGCACCCUGGCUGAGAAGCUGGGGGGCAAUGCCAUAAUCUCCCUGGAGGGGAAGUCCUUGUGA